AUGGCUCCCCACGUUGCAACCGGCAAGCGACGGCGGCCCGCGAGCGCGCUACUGUCGCCGCCUUCCCCCGUUGACGCCGCUGCGAUUGCGGACCAGAAGCAGCAGCAGAAGAAGAAGCGGCGACUUGACUCGACGACUGCAAUGGAGCAGUCGUUUGCAUGCAGUUCCAAGCUGGAAGAGAAGCAGACGCUGGUGGUUUGUGCGAAGCGACGGCGCAGUGUUUCAAGGCGAGAGGAGACGGAGAAGGUGACGAGUCACUUGGAGGAGGAGGAAGAAGAAGAAGAGACGCCGAGGGAGACAAAGAGACGUCGCGUAGCUGGAGAAGACGGGGGAGUGGAGAGCUCUGUACCUCUCGAGGUUUCGGUGUCGCCAUUGGCUAAACUGAGGGAAUCCCAGCUCUGUGCGAGUCAUUUGAUGGCUCGGAGAAACACGACGACAGCCAAAGCAGAGGGAGGAGAGAAGAUGGAGAAGGAGGAGGAGGACGAUGAUGAUAAGCAGGUGCUCGUGUCGUCGAGUCGAAGAGAGAACGACGACGAGCGGAGUCUGGAUGGCAGAAGGGACGAUGAUAACGGUCAAUCUCUGCUGACGAGUGAUGUAGCACUUGUCGUGGGUGGGAGUAAACGACCGCACGACUGUGAAAAUGUAGCCACCCAAGAAGAGCUGGCGGACCGUGUACGACACCGCACAUCGCUCCGAUCGGUGCAAGUGACGCCGCCGCCGUCGACACGGAUGUUGGACCGGAAAAACCCGCCGCCGCCCCCGAAACGACCAAAGCGCCGCACUUGUGGCGGCAUUGUCUACGCCCGGACGUAUCCACGUCUGGCUCUGUCGCCACUGGUGGACGACUCGCCGCCCACGUCGCCGCGCGUCUUUCGUUCACUGGAAAACGAGUUUGCGUUUGCGAUGCAGGACACGCCCGAGAUCCGGCCUCGGGUACGGCCGGCACCAAGGAUGGCUCGGGGAUCCAGGCGGUCCACGCGCGCAGGGGCGUCGCGGGCUCAUCGAUCUUUGGACACCCCCACGUCGACGAUGGUCUUGAGGUCCCGACAGCUGAAUCCGAGCUUGAGUGCCGAUGGGGGCAAGCCGGAGAACCAGCGCGAGCGGGAGCAACGGGACGCGCAACGUCGACAGUGA